GUCGGGAGGUGGGCUGUUCAUAGCAUUUAAUUUCUGAUCACCGAGUUGAACCACUGGGCUCUGUUUCAUUGUUUAAUAUAACAGCAAAACCCUAUUUUCCAAAACACCGCUCACACGGUACCUCCUGCCUCUGUGACCAAAAACAGGGAUUUACUGGCUCCGUUGUCCAGCCAAGGUUUCCUCUGCAUUGGUCCACGACCGACACUCGAGGAAUCUCAAGGAAAUGUUCUGCUAAUGAUGCGCGGUGGAAGAAAAUCUGCGGAGUUUUUUGCUGCCUCUACUGCGCCAAACUAAACUCCUGCUAUAUAGUAAGUAGAAUGGCCUCUCUAGUGCACUGAUAGCGUAAGGAUUAUUGCCCACAUUGUCAAACAGAUCUACUUGACACUCCAAACCACACAACCUUCUGGGUGUAAAGAGGAAAUUUGCUUGGUCGUGGGAUCGGAGGACAGCCAAUAAACCUUCAGUUCUGAUGAGCUGUGUGGGGAAUUGCUGCGUAUCAGCCUUUGGGAGCGAAACAAUUGAAAGGCAAAUCCUUAAAUAAUGUCUUCAGUUGCUGGACGAGAUAUAGCAGACUACCGUAUAAGUGUGGUUCAAAGUCCGCCCGGAUGGGAGGUAGGGAUUUAUAUUGCUGGUUUCCUGGUGCUACUGGGAGUCGUGGGAGUGAACUUGUGGAAGCUGUGGAGAUCUGGAAGCUAUCCCACCCCCUCGCCUUUCCCAAACUUCGAUUUCAGAUACCUCGAGCAGAAAUACGGGACUUCCUGCUUGGAGGUCAGACAGAAGAGAGUAGCCGCUUCAAACCACAAGAAGGCUGCAGAGAAGAUGCCUGCGAGCCGCAAAUCCAGCUUAAGGAUCGAUGACAACUAUGAGAGCAUCAACGAGCUGGGUACACUGGAGCUGAACAGAGACAUGGAGCUGACUCCAUAUGGGCCGAUGCACCGGUCCCUCUCCACUGACUCCCUCAGCUCCAUCUCUUCCAUCGGGAACAACUUUGGCCAGGACUUCAGCGUGGGGCAGGUGGAGGUCAACAUGGAGUAUGAGCUACACUCCAGCAGCCUGAACAUCACCCUGGUGCAGGGAAAAGACCUGCUGGAGAAAGAGGAGAUCAACUUUGAGUCCUGCUUCGUGCGCAUCAGCCUGCUUCCCGACGAGCAGAUCGUGGGUAUCUCCCGGAUGCAAAGGAAUGCUUUUUCAGUGCUCUUUGACGAGAAGUUCUCCGUUGCCUUGGACCCCUCUGCCCUGGAAGAGAACAGCCUGCGCUUUGCUGUGUUCGGCGUCGACGAGGACGAGAGGAACAUCAACGCAGGGGUGGCAGAGCUGAAACUGUCUGACCUGGACCUCUCCAUUCGACCUUUCAACGCCUGGCUCUACUUGCAGGAUGUCAAUAAGGCAGUUGACUCAGUGGGUGAAAUCCUGCUCUCGCUCAGCUACUUGCCGACCGCGGAGAGGUUAACGGUCGUGGUGGCCAAAGCCAAAAAUCUGGUGUGGACAAAUGGGAAGAGUAAUGCAGAUCCAUUUGUUAAAGUUUAUGUCCUCCAAGAUAACAGGAAAAUUAGCAAGAAGAAGACAGCUGUGAAGAGAGAUGAGAACAAUCCCAUCUUUAAUGAAGCCAUGAUUUUCUCAGUACCAGCCAUUGUGCUGCAGGACCUGUCACUCAGAGUCACGGUGGCGGAGUACUGUGAAGAUGGCAGAGCUGAGAAUAUAGGUCACGUGAUCAUUGGGCCCGAAGCCAGCGGGAUGGGAAUCACUCACUGGAACCAGAUGCUGGUCACUCUGAGGAAGCCUGUUGCCAUGUGGCAUCCACUCCACAGGAAUUAACAUCCUCCCCACUCCAAAUAGAAAUAUCUUCUUGCAUGGUGCCUAAUUCUUACAAUAAAACUACGUUGGUAUAUAGGGGGCAAAAAAAAUAACGUGGAAAAAUAAAAGGCUAUUUUUUCUAAAAUCCAUCUACUCUACUUUUAUUAUCUUUUGAAACUAGCAGUAGAUAUUGUGGUAUAUAUUAAAAAAAAAAAAAAAAAAAAAAAAAACAGGUUAUGGUGGAGUCAGGCUUUUCAUCUGGGACACGUUUCAGUAACAGUAUACUGAUGGUAAGCACCCACUUAAAAUAAUAUUGAUUUACUUUGAUAAUCUAAACACAGAUAAUACACCUUUUAUGACCUCAGUGUUAUUUACAAUCGAAAGCUGAAUAACUUUGAUUUUGGUACCACUAUUUAUUUCUACGUAGUAAUGCAUUGUUUUUAGUGAAUUAAUUACUGAAUUAGUGAAUUAAUUACUGAAUUAAUUCUAAGUAGGUUUGCACCUUUUUAGACAUUUAUUUUUCAGGACCUCACAAGAUUCUGUAAUAAGUCAGUCAGUCACCUUGUAUAGUAUGCAUUUGAUUAAGAUUCUUCAUGGGCACAUCAUGACAAUUAUGUUACUCUAUAAGGUGAGUAGUUUAUUAGUGUUUUGUGAACCAAUGAAAAAUAAAUAAUGAAAAGAUGCCAGUCUAAUAAUAAGCUUGUAUUUACAGAGAAUAAUGCCAUUUGAAACUGGAAAAUAAAAUAGUAUCAUCUAUUAGAAAAGGUCUAGAAAAAGUAUCAUAGGACUCUUCAAUGUGUGCAGGAUAAAUAAAUAAAUACAUAGAAAAAUCAGGUUCAUUUUAAAACUUGGUUGUGACUUUUCUACUUUGAGACGUGCCAAAUCUACCAUUAAUGGAACAACGUUUUAAGAGUGUCCAUUUUCAUAGCUGAAGGGGGUAAUGGAUAGAUAAUGGUAACUCACAUAGGUUUUGAAAAAACUGAAGAAUAAGAUCUUUGGUUUGAUCAAAUUGAUGCACUCAUCAUUAACUUAAUAGCUAUUUAAUUAAACUUCAUUUGUUUGACUGCAUUUUAGAAAAUAUUAAAUGUUUUUUUUUUUUUUCAACAAGACAGUUUUUGAUUUAGUGUGAACUGUCCUCUACACAUUACUUCAUUUUAUUUGCUACAAAAAAAACAUGCCAUUUAAAAAUGACUAAACCAAAUAUAUUGUCCUGCAAAGCUGAAAACAAGCACAUGUCUGUUGGGGCUGGCUUUGUGUACGCAGCUGCCUAGGUUAAUAUUGACAUGUCCUGAUUCAAUCUCACAAUGGACAACUGAAGAAAGCACUGUAGGAUAGCAUGUCGCUGAUAGCGUUAUCUCAAUAAUGAUUUCUAGAUUUCCAUUAUCUUGUCCCGAGUCCUUGUAUCAUGAACUAGAGAGUAUUAAUAAUUUUUCGAUGCAUGGAAUUUUGCAGAUUUAUCAAGACUUUUAUGGAAUGUGUCACCAAGAAAAUGUUGUGUUGAGUAUUCUUUUAAAUAAAUUAAAAAAUCUGAAA